AUCGUAAAAUUUAUUGUUAAAAGGCUCAAAAGGAAAACUCUACCAAGCCCGCAGCUUCAAUCACUAUUUUAUUAAUAUUAUAAGACUAAACAAGGCGGACAAACACGCAGGCUCUACUGCUGACUAAGUUUUGCUGAGAGGUCUUCGCUAAUAGCGACCCGCCGCCUAGUGCAUCGCAGUUUCAAGCUACUGUGACCGUCUCGUUAGCAGCAUGAAGUCGAUCUAACACUCUGUAUUUUAAUGAAGCUUUUAUUGACAUAUUAGCUCCGAGUCGCCAAUCUUCGUCCCAAAAUCCAUACCAAUGGCGGCUCCUCCUCCUCCUCCACCACCACCGCCGCCGCAGGCUUCUAAACCCUUCUCCCUCUACGACAACCUUGUCGACCCAAACGACCCUUCACCUCCAGCAGCCAUAUCUUCUGCUCCUGUACUCUAUAAUCAAUCAAAUUUAUCCGAUACUGCAGCUCCUACACCGGCGAAGAAGCCUAUAGACGCUGCGCUUCGUUUCCAACCUAUUCGUCGGCCGCAGACCAAACAAACAAAAUCUAAAGCGACAUUCCCCAAAGCCAGUCCGAAGGCCACUCCUACAUCCACAGCGCAAUCAGCAGAUCCCAAACUAUCGGCGCCGCCAACUACUACAAAUCCGCCAGCUUCCCUUCCCAAAUCGUCUCUUGCCGACUGGGCUCCAACAGAGGAGGACGAGUGGCGCUAUGGAACCGUCGAAAAGCACCAGCGCGGCGGCCGCAAAAAGAGAAAUAAGAAGAGAGACCACCAAAAUAGCUUUGAAACGGAUUGGGACGAAAUAUACGAUCCGUCGCGCGCAACAAACAUAGACGAAUAUAUGCGCAGCGACGAAAAAAUCGACGAAGUUCGUCAGUGGAAAGCACUGCUCUAUAGACACCGUCGCAAAUCAGUGCAGAGCGACCUUUCUGACUCUGAAGAGGAUCGCAAUCACAGACCGCAAAACCAAUUCGCUCCUCCGCCAGCCUAUGGCGCUGUGCCGCCACCACCAUCGACAUCACAACCGCCCCGUCCACCACCAUCAACAUCUCGAACUCCAAUCGUCGACGACGAAACAGGUGACGAUGCCUACGCACGUCGCCUCGCCCUAUCAUCAGCUCACCCUCUUCCAUCCCAUCCAGAACAAGGUGCCACAACCAUAUCUGCCGCUCCCGUUCGGUACGAAAACGCUGCUCCCCCUAGCUCACCUAGCCCCCCGCCUGUGCAGCCUUCUGCAAAGUCCACAUUCGCCCAUCGUGUCAUGUCCAAAUACGGCUGGAAAGCUGGUACUGGCCUCGGUGCCAAUUCGACUGGCAUUGUCACUCCUCUUCAUGCUCAGGUUGAAAAGCGUCGCAAAAAAGCCGAUGCUGACGGAGGAGGUUGGGCUGAACCAGCGGGCAAGGGUAAGAUAUUGGGUGGACAUAGAGCAAAGGAAGAGCAUAGUAAAUUCGGUCCCAUGAGCGAUGUUAUUGUAUUGAAGCAUAUGCUCGACAACCUGCCCGAUCUACAGUCCGAAAUAUCAGACGGACUAGGUCAAGAGAUUGGACAAGAGUGUGGCGAAAAGUAUGGUCGCGUGGAGCGUCUUUACAUCGAUGUGGACAGUCGCCAAGUGUUCAUCAAAUUCACUUCUUCUGUUUCAGCACUCAGGGCCGUAAACGACCUUGACGGCCGCGUCUUUAACGGCAAUACAAUAUUGCCAGCAUUCUAUAACGCAGAUGCCUUUGAGAGAGGCAGCUAUAACUAAGACGACCUUGAGUUGGAAGGAUGAUCAUAGCAUAUGUACAACUACUACUCUUGGCUAAUGAUACAGACAAACAAAUUCAAGGUUGAGCAUAUUAGAACGGACGCGUUAAAGUACAUUUGAUUAAUUAGUCCUAACGUAUUUGCGGCAAAACACACAUGUAGAAGGAGCGGGGCGAAACUCCUCAAUCGCCAUUGACGAGACCAAAGCUCAGGGACAACAUGCCCACCAAAUAAGAAACACGAGAAAACUGCAGCAUUGCUCCACAGGACAUCUAGAGAAGAAUCAUUUCUACCAUCAGAACUUCCCCUGCACGUCAAACAACUUUACAGAAGCUGAAGAGCACCACCCAGGAGCGCCAGGGACAUGGCAGCGAAGCUGACCGUGUUCAGGGCACCAGCACUCUUGCCAGUGUUGCCACUGCCACCCUUGCCGUCCUUACCGAUGUCGGUACCGUUGCCAGUAGACACGUUGGUAGAGUUGAACUUGCACUGAGAGUUGGCACCCUUGACGUUGAACUUCUUGUACUCGUUGUUGCAGAAAGCGUCGCUGACAUCGGCGAAAGAACGGAUGUCAGCACUGCCACUAACAGAGGUAAGCUUAGGAAGGUCAACUUCACUGAAGUUGCCACCGAGAACCAGGGAGCCGUAGAUGGACUGGAGCUUGGGAAAGCCGGUAAUGUUUUGGAAAGCAUCGUUGGUAGCAAUGGUCAAAUCACCGGUGAUGUUGGUAAUAGCAGGGAAAGAGACGUUCACGAGCUUAGUGUUGUUGGUGAAAGACAAGCUACCAGUGGUCUUGGUGUUCAGACCAACCUCAGUAAGGUUGGGGCCGGCAACGGAUUCCAUCUGGUUGUUCUUGUCGAAGUAGAGAGACUGGACCUUCUUCAAGACGGGGAUCUUGAAAGAAGCGACACCUGAGAUUGUGCUGAUGCGAGCCUUCUCGAGCUUGGGGAAGGAUACGGCCAUCUUGUCACCGUUGGAGGCAAUUUCCAGGUUCUGGAGGAUAGACUGGACAUCGGAGGAGUAGCUGGUGAGAAGCUUGUUGUUGGUAAGGUAGAGGCUAUCAACCGUGUCGAAAGCGACACCGCUGAGGUCUUUGGCACCGGUGUCGCGAAUCUCAACAGUGCUAACGUUGAAGGCGCCGGAGCCAAUGCUCAGGGUGCUGAGGGCGCGAAUGUUGGCGAGCUUAAUGCUCUUGGCGCUCUUGAGGAAACGGAAGUCGAUACCGGAAAGCUUGGCGAGGCCAAUGAACUGCAUGCUGUCGCCAACCUUGGUGAGAGAGCUACUGGAAAUCGUCUGGAGAGAAGACGCGUUAAGAACCUUCAAGUUGCCACCAAUAGACUCGAUCUUCUUAAUCUCGAGCUGGCCAGACACAGCAGCGUCAACGAUAACAUCACCAGAAUACUCCUUGCAAGGGAUAUCUUGGUCAGCAGCAGUGAUUUUCAAGUCCUUGCAGUCAGAAUCAG